AUGUUUUAUCAUAUUUCGCUUGAACACGAGAUUUUGUUGCACCCUCGUUAUUUUGGUCCUCAGUUGCUGGAAACCGUGAAGCAGAAGUUAUUUACCGAAGUCGAAGGAACUUGUAAUGGCGAAUAUGGCUUUGUGAUUGCCGUAACGAGCAUCGACAACAUUGGUUCUGGGCUAAUUCAACCGGGACGCGGGUUUGUCGUGUAUCCCGUGAAGUACAAGGCGAUCGUGUUUCGGCCGUUUAAAGGCGAGGUUGUGGACGCUAUCGUCACUCAGGUUAAUAGAGUUGGAAUGUUUUGUGAAGUAGGGCCGUUAUCACUGUUCGUUAGCAAGCACUGCAUACCUCCGGAAAUGAAUUUCGAUCCAAACAGCGCUCCGCCGUGUUUUCGCAACAAGGACGAUACGAUUUUAAUCAAAGAGCGAGACGUUGUUCGCGUAAAGGUAAUCGGAACGCGAGUAGAUGCAACGGACAUUUUUGCGAUCGGCACUUUGAUGGACGAUUACCUCGGCCUCGUUGUGGCAGAGUAA